AUGUUUCUCCCUUUCUCCUGGAUCCUCGAGACUUUCACACGGCUUCCUUUUCAUUCGAGCCCAGUCGAUUGCGUUUGUCAAGGGCUGGUUGGUGCAUGUGGACUCUCAGUACUUGGUAAUCUGAUGAGAAUUCACUUGUUCAUCCAAACAUGCAGGGAUUCUGGAAAUGACAAUGAGAGGAAGCAGAGGUCUUCCUCGGCAGGCCUUCUGCAGGAAAGACAUUGGAGAACAGGAUUACAGUUCUGGUGUCUGACUGCCCUGCUGUCUUUGGUGGGCUCUCGUGUUUCUUCGCUGAUCGUGCUGGAGUUCUCUCUCAGGGCUGUGUUUGCCUGGGUCACAGCAGGACCGGAAGCCCUUGGAAGAGUUCCUCAGCUGCGCCUGAUCCAGUGCCAGUUUUCAUUGGGUUGUGCUCUCACCUGCACCCUUAACUUUCUCCAGCAGGGGGCUUCACACAGCACCUUCAGCUUGUUGCUCGCAGCAGGUCUCAGCUGGGUGCUGGCAGGAAUCUGCCACCAUUUCUGGGGUCAUGUAGUGAGACUCUACCCUCUGCAUAGCACAGAGCGCUACUGUGGGAAAUGCAUCCUCCUCCUGACCUCUAGACACACUCUGCUAAGCUCGCUGCAGAAGACGGUUGUCCUGGCCUUCGCAAUAGCAUCCGUGGCCUCCACUGCUAUUGUGCACGAGCAGUUCCUGUCUGAAAAAGAUGCCCUAAAGUUUUGGACACCUUUGACACUCUGCUAUGCAAUGCUAGUUGUCUACAUGGAAGGGGAGAAACAUCACCAGACUGCAGGAGAGGCCGUAUUGCAUUCUGCUGUGGUGCGUCUAGGGGCAUUGUUGGUGCUGAUGCUGACGGCGGGUCACUGGACUGAUGUUCUGCAUGUCCUCAUCAGCUUGCUGGGGGAAGCCGUGUGCCUGCUGCCCUCUCAGGACCUUCUCCAAGCUCUGCCAAUGGAAGAAGAUGAUGUGGAUCUCGACAGAUGUGAAGAGGACAUGCGCUCUGGACACAAAAAGGGAACGCAGUCCUGUACUUCACCAUCACACAGCACAGAGACAGAACACUAGAUAGCACACUUUUAUAGGCUGCCACUACUCCAUGCUAGCUCUGAUACCAAUGACCACCUCUGCUUAGUCUAUUCCAUUGCCUACCAACACGGGGAUCGCUGGUUCGAAUCCUUGUGUUACCUCCGGCUUGGCCGGGUAUCCCUACAGACACAAUUGGCCGUGUCUGCGGGUGGGAAGCCAGAUGUGGGUAUUUGUCCUGGCUGCUGCACUAGUACCUCCUCUGGUCAGUCAGGGUGCCUGUUCAGGGGGGAGGGGGACCUGGGGGGAAUAGCGUGAUCCUCCCACGUGCUACGUCCCCCUGGUGAAACUCCUCACUGUCAGGUGAGAAGAAGUGGCUGGAGACUCCACGUGUAUCGGAGGAGGCCGCAGCCCUCCCCGGAUCGGCAGAGGGGAUGGAGCAGCGACUGGGACAGCUCGGAUAAUGGGGUAAUUGGCCAAGUACAAUUGGGGAGAAAAAGAGGGGAAAACGCAAAUAAAUAAAUAAAUUACCAUCAAUUAAACAAUUAUUGCUGGUGUUUUGAUAUAAUCCUUGAACAAGCUUAUCUAAUAAUGUUUUUCAUAGUUUUCUGAAACAUAAAAUUGCCAUCUAAUGC